CUCACGAGUAGGCUGGCCCUUUAGUUAUUUGCCAAGUCAGUGGAAAAAGUCAGUCGAAAGAAAAGCCAAAUCAUUCGAACGGAAAAUUUGCAGCAAUUAUUAUCUCGUAAAAAAAGGAAAAGAGUUACGAAUAAACUUACAUAGAUCAAGGAAUCCGUAGCAGGAAAAGCCAAAGGGUUCUUCAGGUCUUCUCACAUAUCCAUCCCCUUGAAAAGAGAAAAAGAUGGAAACGAUGGACGUUAUGGCUAUGUCGACGCCGGACGAUGGGUACCACUGCAACUACGAUAGCUUGAACCUGUGCAUUGCGCAGGGAAGAGCCAAGCUGGUCCUGGUCGCCCAAUCGGCACCCGACUGGAUGCGCGCCGAGCUAAAAGCCAAAGCUGUCGCGGUUGGCUGCUGGUAUUUGGAGUACGAGCGCAGUCUGAUUGUUAUUAUCAAUAGCGAUGGCCAGACGUUGUAUGCCCGUUGCGUUGCCUUCACUGACAGCAACAUUGCCAACCAAAUAAUAUUUCUGGAGAAUUAUUAUUUGCCUGACAUGCUCUACGAUAUAAUCAAUGAAUAGAAUUAA